AUGGCUCAAACCGACUACAAAUUCGAGGGCUGGAUGGGUCUCGACCCCAGCGCCGCCGAGGGCAACAUGGUCUGGCAAGAAUUCGAGCCCAAGAAGUGGGAAGAGACCGAUGUCGAUAUCAAGAUUACUCACUGUGGUAUCUGUGGUUCGGACCUGCACACUCUGCGCAGUGGCUGGAGACCUAGUCUGUAUCCAGUUUGUGUUGGCCAUGAGCUUGUUGGCACAGCUGUUCGUGUCGGAUCUAAGGUGACCAGCGGUAUCAAGGUUGGUGAUCGUGUUGGUGUCGGUGCUCAGAGUGACUCUUGCCAGGGCCGCCAGGGGGACUGUGAGGAGUGUGCUAUGGGCUUGGAGCAGUACUGCUCGAAGAAGUUCACUGGUACCUACAACAGCACUCACCAGAAUGGUGAUAAGUCCUAUGGUGGCUAUGCGACGUACAACCGUGUUCCUGGACACUUUGCUAUUAAGAUUCCUGAUGGGAUUUCCUCGGCGGCGGCUGCGCCUAUGCUGUGUGGUGGUGUGACGCUGUACAGCCCGCUGAAGCACAAUGGCUGUGGUCCUGGAAAGCGUGUUGGUAUCAUUGGUGUUGGUGGUCUUGGCCACUUUGGUGUGCUUUUUGCCAAGGCUAUGGGCGCUGACAAGGUCGUGGCCAUUUCUCGCAAGACUGCUAAGAGCGAGGAUGCGAUCAAGAUGGGUGCGGAUCUGUACAUUGCUACCGACGAUGAGCCGGACUGGGCGAAGAAACAUGCCCGGUCUUUGGAUCUGAUUGUCUGCACUGUUUCUUCCACCAAGAUGCCCAUGACGGAUUACCUGGGCCUUCUCCGCACCAAUGGCAGUCUGGUGCAGGUUGGCCUGCCCGAGGACGGCACUCUCUACGCUCCUGUGCGCAAUUUGAUGCGCCGCCUAAAGGUUGAGAGCUCGCUGGUUGGCAGCCCCAACGAAAUCCGUGAGAUGUUUGAGCUGGUCGUUGAGAAGAAGGUCCAGCCCUGGAUCGAGGAGAUCCCCAUGAAGCACGCUAACAAGGCGAUUGUGGAUAUGGAGGACGGCAAAGCGCGCUACCGCUACGUGCUUGUUAACGAGUAA